CCAGAAGCGACAUCAUUCAGCUUCCACUCUUUCUGCAAAGAACAACCCAAAAACCCAACUAAGCUAAAAUGGCAUUCAAGUUUGUGUUCGCUCUUGCCUUCGUUGCCGUGGCCAGCGCCGGCUACGCCCCAAUUGCCCCCCAGGUGUACCACGCCGCCCCUGCUGUGGCCGCCUAUGCCGCUCCCGUGGCUGUGGCCCAGAAGGUCGUUGUCAAGGCCGCUGAGGAGUACGAUCCCCAUCCCCAGUACCGUUUCUCCUAUGGAGUCGAUGACAAGCUGACUGGCGACAACAAGGGACAGGUGGAGGAGCGUGAUGGCGAUGUGGUCCGCGGCGAGUACUCCCUGAUCGAUGCCGAUGGCUACAAGAGGACCGUCCAGUACACCGCCGACCCCAUCAACGGAUUCAACGCCGUCGUGAACCGUGAACCCCUCGUCAAGGCCGUCGCUGUUGCCCCCGUUGUCAAGACCAUUGCUCCCGUUGCCUAUGCCGCUCCUGCCCACUACGCUGCCCCUGCUGUGGUCAAGACCGUGGCUCCAGUUGCCCACUACGCCGCUCCUGCUGUCGUGAAGACUGUGGCUCCCGCUGUCCACUACGCCGCUCCUGCCCACUACGCUGCCCCCGCCGUGGUCAAGACUGUGGCUCCCGUCGCCCACUAUGCUGCCCCCGCUGCCUACACCUCGUACGCCGCCCCCGCUGUUGCCUACCACCACUCGGCUGUUGAAAUUAUUAUUCAAACCACGCACUCCACAGAAGGAGGACAAAGUCUCGGCUUCUUUCGCUCCGUAAUUUACGCACCAACCUCAAGCAUUUGCCAAAUGGCUUUCAAGCUGAUUGCUGUAGUCUCCUGCCUCCUGGCGGCCGCCUCCGCGGGACUUAUCCCUCUGGAGCAGCACGAGCAGUACCAGGCACACCAGCCGCAGCAUGUGAUCUACCAGAAGCCCCACGACAUCCACGGCCAUGCCCAUGCCCACGAGGUGUACCCCGAUGACCCACAUCCCAAGUACAACUUCGCCUACGAUGUGCAGGACGCCCUCUCCGGAGACUCCAAGAGCCAGGUGGAGUCCCGCGACGGGGAUGUGGUUCAAGGCGAGUACUCUCUGGAUGAUGCCGAUGGUUUCCGCAGGACUGUGAAGUACACCGCCGAUUCCGUUAACGGUUUCAAUGCCGUCGUCCACCGUGAGCCACUGGCCCAUGUGCACCACAAGGUGGUGGCCGCUGCCCCAGUGCAGUACCAUCAUGCUCCUGCUCCCGCCCCCGCUGCCGUGAUCAAGACCUACGCUGCUCCUUCUCAUGCUCCUGCUUAUGUGGCUCCUGCCUACACUGCCGCCACCCCAGCCUACACUGCUCCUGCCUACACCGCCCAUUACGAGCACCAGCCGGAACAGCAUCAGCCUGAGCCAGAGCACCAGCAACACCACUACGCCAGCUACGAGUCUCCCGCCCACUCUCAGGCCGCCCAUGAAGGUCACGAGUACUACCACCACCAGUAAAGACCAUCCAGGGACUCUCCAUGCUACAGAUCUUCAGACAAGCGACAGUAUUAGCCGCAUUCCCUUCAUCCUGAAACCUAAUUCAGAACAUCUUCUUAGAUCUAAGUUUUGUUAAGUUUUAUCUUUAAUGUAAAUAUUUCCAAUAUACUUUCUACAUGACUAUUAUUUGAAAUAAUAAUGGAUUUAUAAU